UGAAUAUUGCAUAUAUUCAUUAUUGGAUUUUUCAACAAUUGUAACAAAUGACCGUGCAGAAUUUCAGCGAAUGGUGAGAAAAUGGAGACUUGUUGACUUCAGUUAGAAAAUAUUUAGCUGCAUUUUAAUGACAAUAAGUUCGUGCUCAGAGGCUUCAAUUUGAAUAAUGUGAAAGUUAUUUCCUUAAUUUAACCGGAAGACCGCAAGUUUGGGAAUUGAUGGCAAGCGAUUCUAUUUCAGAUCUCUGUUACAUAGUUAGAAAACCUGGUAUCCAGUGUCGCGGUGGCGUGUUGACAAGAUUUUUAAUUGUGGUCGAGCAUGAGUUUUGCUAAGUAGUAAGGCUAAACGAGCUUCGGUGAUUGUGAAUCUUUUCUCGAGCGUCGCUCAUUACGUGAACAUUUUUUUAAAAUCAAGAACAGCAAUUAGGACGGGCAGUGUCACUAAGACUAACGCACUGACGUAUUGCAGCUAUGCUGUAAUAAUAAUACUUCCCCCAAUUGUGCUUCACGAUUGUUAAUAAUUUGUUCUCAGUCAACUACUUGCUUCUGGAGUUACAAAUUCAAACGUUUAUGAUGUGCGACGGCUUCUUUUUUCUGUUGGGGAGCAUUAAGGUUUCAGCUUACACAGUUAAUGGGUAACAGUCUGAUGAUAUAAUAUAAGAUGGCGUUUAGAUGACCGUGGUUUAGAAUGUUUAGCAACCAAGAGGCCCAGUAGUUCUGCAUUGAUAUAAUGUAAAUCUAUCACAGUUUUUGCUGGGGGCAGGGAAACAGGAUUUGUUGCUCUCUGCUGCCACCCUGCGUUCCAUUCCGCCGAGGAAAUAGGGAGCAAAAGAGAUGCACUCUGUUAUCUGCAAAUUUUGCAAACGAUCUAAGCUGUGUGAAUGAGUACCUAUGUUGUAUACAUGCAAUUUGUGUGUGUGUGCGCGCGCGCGCCUGUGUGCAUGUGCAUGUGGUGGGGGGGGGGGCGAUUGCGGGUAAUAUACAUGUUUAUAAACAACUGAAUAAAUUAGCAGUGGUUAUCAUUAUUGGUGUCUAGGAAGUUACAAAUUUGCUUUCGCUUUACUUCUGUGACUCAAUGCAAUAAUUGUACUAACUAGAAUGAAACUGUAUGCUUGUGGUUUUAUUGUUUUUGGUUGCUCCCUUUAAAAAAGGAAACCAUGAAACUAGUAUACGCAAAAGAUGCAGUUCACUGUAAUCUUUACGUGGUGAUUUGCCAGUGUGUAAAUGCAUUGUAAUCGGCAUAGUCUUUCCUCACAAACGUUUUACCUUAAUAGCAGCCAAUGGGUAUUAAAGAGAACGGCUUUAGAUGAAAGGUUAUUGACUAAAUCGAAUUUUGUGUCAACGUUAAUCCGCAGUUGAGAUUUGUAAAACUCUCGUGUAAACAGAUCUCUUUGGAAUAAAUUCUUGUCUCUAUCGGCUUAGCAGCAAAUUGUGAACAAGGCCCAAAUUUGCUAUACAUCCCUGGACAGAUAGCAACACUGCAAACCAGUCUUCUUAUGUGCUAGACUCCUCCUUCGCUGCGUAAACACAGCGGUUGUAAACGAAUUUCUGCCUUUAAUGUCCCGGCUCAUAAACAAUAAACAAGAAACACAGUACUGCUACCAGCCCCUUUAAUUUUACCUUCCCACACUUUCAAAGGGUAUUUUAUAUUCCCUUCAUGACAAAGAGAUGUUGAAAUUGACACGGAAAGUAAAUAGUGACCUCGCUCACAGUAAAAGGCAACAUAGCCGGGAUGGAAGGAAUACCGAAGACUUAAGCCGUAAAAUGCUCGUUGAAACGAGCAAAUGCCAAGUUUGCUUUUGAAAAAGUAUCUCAUCCAAAAAAAAGACUUACAAUUCGAUGAAAGCAUUCACAUCUUCAAUAGCAGCUACGAUAAAAUUUGGAAACGCAACGUUGAAUAAUUGAGCUCCAGAACAAGUCUCAACAUUGCAAUAUGUGUCCUGCCUACUUAUUCUGAACUUAGUUUUGAAUGCAUUUGUUAAUAAAUGCAACAAAACUUACACUGCUUUUAAAUCACCCUGAUAACUUGCAACGAUGAAGGCAAUCAAAUUUUACAGUAUCAGUUAUUUUAAGAAUAAAACUGAUGAAACCAAACCAACUUACAGUUACGUAGACAUGUAUACUUGGAGAUUUUAGUGCCUGGAAGUGAAAAUAUAGAAGAUUUGACAUCAGAUUGUGACUGGUUUAAAGCAGUUGUCUCCGAAUAUGAAAGUCAUUUUUAAAGUUGCAGUGUAUAUGCAGACUCUUAUCACUGUUCAAAGCUUUCAUAAAAAUUAGGACAUUGAUGACACUUCUUUAGAAAUAAAACGCAAAGUAAAUAUCUUAGCUCGAGAUGUGAGAUGGAGCCAUUAGGUCUGAAUCUAGUAACGGCCAUUUCUUCAAAGAAUUUCAUACAAGGAAUUUGCCAGGUGGGAAAAAAAAGCUUUAUCACCUCGUAUUGAAUUCUUCUUUCUCACCAUAUUCAACCCAUCAUGUUUCUUAGCAAGAAAACGACCUGCUUCUUAAAAUGAAGUGGUCUUUAGCAAUAAGGUUUUCUUUAAUUUCUUACCACUCAGCUUAUGAUUCCUUGAAACAGAUGUUUGAAACCAGGAAGUGGUGCCUUCCAGAGGAACUGCUAAAAAUAAAUCCUUAAUGUCCAACAUAAACUCUCUGACACUUGUAGCAUUUCAGAUUAUACACGAAAAAAAUUACGUCUACUUGAAAUCUAUUUGUGAGUUUUUGUCUAAAGUAAAAAAAAAUCAAAACUAAUUUUGUUUUAGACAGAAAUCGUUUGGUAGACAGUCGGAUGCAGCCUGUUCUGUGUCGUCAUAUUUUUAAAAUGAUGACAUUUGCAAAUAAAUCUAGGAGACACGGAUAAGAGAACUGAGAUUUGAACAAAUAAACGUUACGAGUAUAAAUAUUACAACGCAACUAUUUUAUUUCAAUAAGGCAUGAUGUAAGAGUACAGUAAAAUAUCACAUACAGAAGACGGAACACCAACUUUCAAUGAUAUCUGACGUGUGUGCACCAAACUAGUUAUGUGAACGCUUGCAGGCUGUGCGUAGUCCUCAAUAUCGCCCAGUUAUCUAUUAAGCACUUAACGCAACUGACCUUCAGAAAUAUUCGUCCGCACUUGUUUAAAUACAUGGGAUUAGUCUGUAAAUGGUGCACUCAAUCAGCUAAAUAGAACAUAUUUACAUAUCCCCAUACUUUCGUCAGACAAAAUCCCGUCUUGUUGUCCUUGGUCGCAGCUACGGUCUCACUUUAAAAGGCGCAACUGUCUAACAUUUGGGGUUUUAACUCUUUUCAAACCAUUUUCUGUACGCUCUGAGUUUGUCUUUAUGGCAGUUUUACACGAAAUUACCCUUCACAUACUUUUUUUUUCCGGAAACUUUGAAAGAGUACAACUAUAGUUGUACAUUCAUCGUGGCGCUUGUUUUGUGACCUACUCCGCUGGUGCCUUUUCAGGGAUUUGAUUUAGUUGUCUUUUCAUUUUGGAAAGUUUCUUCCGUUCGGUUUGUGGUUUCAAUUAAAGAUUAAAAGUUUGUAUUGAGAUCCCCUGUUCGUGCCUCAAAAUUAAACCGCAUUCGCCGAAUCACAUUCUUAUACAGAGUGAACUGCAACAGAAGCACAACAAACAGCCAUCAGGAAUUCUGGAGUUGCAUAAUAUACAAGCCACCGAGAAAUUUUUAUACAUCCAUCGAAAUAUGCGAACGAAAUCGUGUGGCAACUAACGCUCAGAGUUGGAAAUAUUAAUGGAAACAUCUUGAAUGCAGCUUGAAUUAUACAGCCACAAUCCAAGACAGACCAUUAAGAAGCAUAAAACCGCGCUCCGAUUUAAAGGGAGAAAGCAAUAAAAAUGAGUUAAUAAGUGUUUAGUGAAUUAUCUGAAUACAAGGACAAUGGACGACGUUGUAUUUUGCUUGUUUGUUUAGUUUGAAUGGCGAAGUUAUUUCGCUGUCUUAUCAGUGCACAGAUGCGUUAAUUUAAACAUUCUUGCACAUUUUAUUCAUUUCAGUACACAAUGAAUCUAAAGAUUAUGCGUGUUUAUGUCUCUCUCUCUAUGUUUGGGAUUUUUUCCCAUCACAUGUGCCGGUUUCUGCUAGCCUCUCUGAUUCAUGGAUAAGUCCCUCAUGGGUACUAUUUUCCUAUCAAACAGUAUUGCCAUUGGUCAGUCGAUGAUCAGAUGGUUAUAUUUCCUGCUGUCCUUUCUGGCACUUGGCCAUCCCGAAUCAAACCCAUCUCGCUAACUGCUAAUAGCACAGGCACUUGGACUAAUACACAACAAAUCAUAACAGAGCACAGCCAACAAAUGAGUUCGUAUUUUGUGAACUCCACUUUCCCGUCCACUUUUGCUAGUGGACAAGAGUCCUUCCUUGGGCAGAUUCCGCUAUAUUCAUCCAGUUACGACCCUUUAAGACAUUACUCCGCCACAUAUGGGGCUACAAGCAUGCAGGAUAAAAGCUACCCGUCACCCUCCUACUACCAACAAGCCAACGGAGCGUAUGCGUGCAAUCGGACACCCUGUGAUUAUGGUGCCCCCAGUUUUUACCGGGAAAAAGACCCUUCAUGCGGCGCUUCCUCCACCAGCUCCAAAUAUCACUCAAUGGAAGAUGCAACACAUUUUAACGCGGAACAGCGCAAAUUCGAGUGUGCACAAAACAGAAUUUUAUAUGGAGAGGUGGAUGAUCAGAAGAGUUCGCUCCCAGUGUACCCUUGGAUGCAAAGAAUGAACUCCAGUGGUGCCUCAGCUUUUAACCCAAACGGACGGCGCGGGCGGCAAACCUACACUAGAUAUCAAACUCUAGAGCUGGAAAAGGAAUUCCACUUUAACCGCUACUUGACCAGAAGACGCCGGAUAGAGAUUGCACACGCACUUUGCCUCACAGAACGCCAGAUCAAAAUUUGGUUUCAGAACAGGCGAAUGAAAUGGAAAAAAGAGAACAAAUUGCUGGGCUCCUCGCAAUUAAGCGGAGAAGAAACAGAAGAAAAAUCGACAGAGUGAAAAUAACAAGAUACAGAAAAGGAAGAGAACGCUGUGCAGUUCUUUAAUUGAAAAUAAAAAAAAAUCGAAGUUUACAAUUUGUUUGCUGUUGCGCACCAGUGGAGUUGUAUAUUUCUGUAUUUGUUGUGAGAUUUAUUAUAAAGUUAUGCAUUCCUAUGGUUUAGCCAAGCAGGCAAUGUUUCACAUUGGUGUCAAUAGUUUUAAAACAUUAGCAUUCCAUUAAUUCUGUAUCUCAAUUGAGCUGUUGCAAUAUUGUGAUUUUUUGACGUUCGUCUCAGCUCUCUAGUUUAAAGAUAGUGUAUGUUUUUGUGCACUGUGAACAACUAUUUUUGAUUUAUUUUAUGUAUGCGUGCGUGUGUGGAAAUGAGUGUGCGUGCGUGAGUAAAUUACACAAUGAGGUUUUAAUAUUGUAUUUUGGUUUGUUUUCGUAACGGAGAGAGGAAAAUAAAAGCAAACGUCUUAAGAAUUGAGUAAGAGGUUAUUUUUUUAUUUGCGUUUCUUUUAAAAUUAAUGUGAUUGUAGCAUGCGUCAUAUAUUUCAAAGGCCGAGCGUCCUUAUCU